CAGUGAGUCAGAUGCUCCCAAGGGCUGCCAGCAGAUAAAAAGCCCGUUUGUCUCUUUAGGAAGAGCAGCGAGAAGGUGGGGAGACAUCCUGCGGCAAACAUGUCAGGCUAUUACGGGAAUAUAAUGAAUGUUGACACGACCGGAGCUUCGGAAGCAACUGCAAAACCGGAAGGUCUAAGCUAUGCAGGAGUUCCUGCCUCCGAGAAGAUAGCAGAAAGAGACUUGAAGAACAUGGAGAAAUACAAAGCCAAGAUUAAAAAAGCUGGCAACGCCAAGUGUGUUGAUCCAGCAGUGAUUGCUGGUAUCAUCUCUCGAGAGUCACACGCUGGGACGGUGUUGCAGGAUGGCUGGGGUGACCACGGAAAUGGAUUCGGGUUAAUGCAGGUUGACAAACGGUACCAUAAGGUUGCCGGUUCAUGGGACAGCGAAGAGCACUUAGCACAAGGCGCAGAUAUUUUAUGCGACAUGACAAAGGCAAUCGAGAAGAAAUUCCCAACUUGGACAAAGGAACAGCAGCUCAAAGGUGCGAUCUCAGCCUAUAACGCAGGCCCUAAGAAUGUCCAGACCUAUGACAGAAUGGAUGUUGGCACAACACACAAUGACUACGCCAAUGAUGUGGUUGCAAGAGCCAAGUUUUAUAAGAGAAAUGGAUACUGAGACAUUCCAGUAAUUUUUAGAUUUGAAUCACUGAUUACAUGCUUUGCUUCUAAUUAAAAAAAUCCUGGAUUUCUCCACCAGAAACAGUAAGAAUGGGGGAGGGCAACGAAGCCAGAAACAAGUGCAAGCUUUCAAUGACUUUCUUCUUUCGCCUAGGCUAAAAAAGUCACUUUAAGCAACAACUCUGCUAAUAAUCCAAACUGUAACAUAUCUUGCGCCAUUUAUAUAUCUCACUUCAUGAGAAGAGUCAAGCACAGUUUCCACCUGUGCUUGCAGUUUCUCAAGCAACAGACUGAUGCUGCAAGGAAGUUUCAUCACUGCUUAAUAAGAAUUUAUCUGCCUUAGAUUUUAUCUGUCAAUACAUGUCUCUAUCAGCAGCACAAAACUGGUUGUUAACAACUUGUAAUUUUGCAACUGAAUAUUUGCAAUAAAGAUUGUAUGUGUUUAAUCUACCAGAAGAGUA